UGUACCUGAAAGAGAGUUAAAUCAGAAGGCAGUUGGGGGAAGAUCAUUUCCUCCUUGGGUUACCUAGCAAGAAGAUCUAAAAUGAAAGCCUUCGCUCACGUCUCUCUUCUCACCCUCCUUUUUGUAACUUCAGCCAUCAGCCAAAGUUCGAUAACUCCCACUACCACUCCCACCACCACUCCCAUCACCACAACUCCCACCACCACUGCCACCACCCCAACUCCCACCACCACUCCCACCACCACUCCCAUCACCACACCUCCCACCACCAUUACCAUCACCACUCCCAUCACCACAACUCCCACCACCACUCCCACCACCCCAACUCCCACCACCACUCCCACCACCACUCCCAUCACCACACCUCCCACCACCAUUACCAUCACCACAACUCCCACCACCACUCCCACCACCACUCCCAUCACCACACCUCCCACCACCAUUACCAUCACCACAACUCCCACCACCACUCCCACCACCACUCCCAUCACCACAACUCCCACCACCACUCCCACCACCACUCCCAUCACCACAACUCCCACCACCACUGCCACCACCCCAACUCCCACCACCACUACCGCCACCCCAACUCCCACCACCACUCCCACCACCACUCCCACCACCACUACCACCACCCCAACUCCCACCACCACUACCAUCACCAAAACUCCCAACACCACUGCCACCACCCCAACUCCCACCACCACUCCCAACACCACUGCCACCACCCCAACUCCCACCACCACUACCAUCACCACAACUUCCACCAUCACUGCCAGCACUGCCGCUCCCGCCGCCACUACCACCACCAGCAGUGUCAUUUCACCAGGUCUUUGCAAAGAAGAUUCCUGUGGCAGUGGCAGUGGUGCUUCGUGUGUGGGUCUGAAUAACUCAUACUUUUGCCUGUGUAUUGAUGGGUAUUACUAUAAUUCUUCCAAAUGCAAUAAAGGAAAGGUUUUCCCUGGAACAAUUAAAGUAAAGGUAUCAGAAACAACUGGCUUGGAAAAUGAAAAGUCGCCGGCCUAUGAAAAGUUAUACAUGCAAAUUAGAAAAUUUUUUGCAGAUGCAUUUAAAAAUCCUGACUAUGGACAGACUGUGAUUCACAAAGUAAGAACAUCUGCUCCAGCAAGAUCUGAAAUGCGUGCUGGUGACAAGCUGGUUGCUGUAACAGUAGUAAACCUUUUUGCAGAAACUUCAGAAGAAAAUGAGACGACCGUAUCUAACGCAAUUAAUAAAGCAGUUGCAAGCAACCCUAAUACCUUUUCAGACUAUACUAAGCAAAAUCGGUGUGAGUUCUAUGGGUGUGUAAAUGAGCAAGACAACUGCAGGGAUAUCUUACAGUGCAAGUGCAAACCGGGGCUGUCAAGACCCAACCCACAGACGGCUCUGUGUCUUGCUUUGGGUCCAAAGUGUCCUGAUACCUGCAAAGCAGAGCACAACAUGCAGUGCCUGGUGCAGAGCAAUGGGAGCCUUGACUGCGUGUGCCUGCCGGGCUACCAGAGGGAGCCCAAGGGGAGCUGCCAAGCGUGUGCAUUUGGCUACAGUGGAGUCAACUGUGAAGACUCAUUUCAGCUGAUUCUCACUAUCGUGGGCACCAUUGCUGGCAUCCUCAUUCUUGGCAUGGUGAUUGCACUUAUCUUCCUGAGAUCGAAGACAAAGGGUAUUGAAGAACAGAACCUGAUUGAGAACGACUAUCAUAGUGUGAGAAUGUCGACAACAGGCUUCAGCAAUCUCGGAGCAGAAGGGAGCCUCUUUCCUAAAGUCCAAGCCACCUUCCCCAAGGACAGCCUCAUGCAGAACCCCUAUGUACAGAGAAGCAUGCCCCGCCCCGACUACUAGGGCGGUAAAAAAAUUGGAACCAUCGAUGGCCCUUAACUCAGUGUCUGAGCUUUUACUUUGACGAAGAGACUAAUGCAGCAGUGAAGACCUGGCCUGGUAUUGUUCUUCCAUCUGACAUCCAGCCCCUCUGAGUGGAAGCUGGGGAUGUCUGCAAUGAUGAUAGCUUGUUUGCUAUUUAAGUCCCUAUGAAAUUAAAUGCACUCAGAUGCUAUUAGCACUUGUAAGACAGUUGAUUUUCUCCAAGCUGUACAAUGGUUAGGGUUUUGUUGUUUGGUAUGUUUUGUUUUUUCUCUCCCUGAUGGGCAACAAUAACCAUUGCCAAUCUAGAGGAAAGUUCCCAAGAUUGUUUACUCCUGGGGAAAUGCUGCUCUUGGGUUGAUAGCCUGCAGAUCAGUGACCCACUUCUGGGAGAUGCUCACACAUCAGCUGUGGAGGUGCUGGCAAAGGAAGAGAUACCACCUUUUAAGGUUCUUCUGGCCCUCAGCUGUAGGGAUUGCAUUGCUCUUGAAUUGCCGGAGCUUGUGACAUGGCCUCACCCCAAGAAGACAGAAAAAAGACAUGUCUCAGAUGUUUUGGAGGAGUGAUGGAAUGCAGGACCUUUUUGUGAAUUAGAAGGCGUGGACCAGCAGUGUCCAUGGCGGGGUGCAUUUCAGAGUUUUUGAAAUGCCAGUAGGUGAGAGAGGCAGGGAGAAAAGCCAUGACCAGGAGCAGGAGGAACAGAGGCAGAAGGAAGCUGGACUGGGAGAUGAGUGAGGACAAGGUGCAGGAGUCACCUUCAUCCUCAGAGAGCAAAUGGGCACUUCCUCUAAUGCAGCCCCUACCCAAGGCCCAGAGCCUAGGGAAAGGAGUGAAGACAAAAAUCCCAGGAGCAAGAGCUUGAAGUCACUUUGAAAUGGCAGACCUCCUGUCUGGCUGAGGGUGGGACAGGGAGCUUGUGCUCUGGGUCCAGAUGUCCAGCCUGGUGAUGCGGGUUCCACAGGCACCUCAUGAGGCCUCCGCCUCCCCUGGCGACAGAGGCCGCGCUGUGGCCCCCACACACCCGAGAAGCCACACCCAGCACGGGCUUUCUUUAAUGUCAAGAGUGUCCUUAUUUAUGUCUAAUGUCUGGUCCCCUUGCAAGUUACUUGUAUUUGUUGUUACUAUUGUUUGUUGUCGACUGUUCAUGUGAAAGGUAACAAAUAAAGCGUCUUUGGUA